AUGGCCGACCCAGGCUAUAGAGACCCUCGGCCUUCGACUGAUUCAGAGCACGCACCUCUUCUACGUGACCCAGAGAGAGAAUACUCAACGUCCUUCGAUGGCUCCUCAUCUCAUCCCCGAAGUUCACAACGCAAAUCAUUCUCUUCUCACGUAGACGACAUCCUACGCGAACCGCUCACAACGCUCACCAAGAUCCUACUUGUUCUCGCCUUGCUGCUAUUACUAUUGACAUCUGUAUUCAUUGGACUGUUUGCGGGUGCCGAACAUAAGCUGAGCCGUGGAAGGAGCGAGAGACGACCGACACCAGCUCCAGGGGUACCAAUUACUACUACAAGUACGCAAUAUGGAACUACUACUACCACAACGACGACAACGGAAAAGACGACAGGUACCGUGACGACGUUACUCCCGCCAUCACCAACGACUAUACCUGCGCCUUUACCUACAACUGAACCUGGAUCGACGUUAUGCACAUCCCCGGAUUGUGUCAUUCUUGCUGCCUCAAUUCUUCGGAAUCUUGACAAUUCGCAAGAUCCUUGCGAGAACUUCUACGAGUUUGCCAACGGCGGCUGGCUUGCAAGAACCGAAAUCCCACCCGGAAAAGGGAUCUAUGGCUCCUUUGACGUCGUAUCUGAUGAAAAUAAGCGAAUUCUUCGCAAGAUUCUCGACCCUCCGAACAAUGCUUCCAUCUCCAGCGUCACGUCAGAUCAAUAUGACGAGGAAUCACUAACGAAGCUACGCGACCUGUACACGUCAUGCAUGAACGAAGAUCUUGUCGACGAGCGCGGCGAUGCACCUUUGAGAGACGUCGUCCAAUCUGUUCGUGACCUCUAUCGCUCCGAUAAUUGGAAGAAGCUUGAGAACAGCAAAGAAGCCGAGAAGCAAGACAAUCCACAAUACGGCCUGACCUCUGCUAUUGCCUAUCUUCACUCUCGCGGGAUUGGAGGGCUCUUCAACUUUGAUAUUGAUGGAGACGUCGGAGUAGACCCAGACUUUAUGACGCUCUGGUUCUUCCAGCCUGAUCUCGGUUUGCCUUCCAAGGAAUAUUACAAGGAGAAAGAUAUUGUGAAACUGUACGAAGAUACACUAGCGCGUAUGCUGCUUGCGCUUGACGAUACUCCGGAUGAGUCAGCGUCGUAUUCCGCGUCGGGAGAUGACGUCCUUGUACUCGAAACCGACGAGAAAAUCAAGGUAUGGCCGCCCUGGCCGUGGCCACCUUGGGGAGGCGAGGAUGACGACGACGAUGGCCGUGCAAAGCGGCCUUUGAACAAAACAGAGAGAGCAGCCAAGCUAGCAAAGAGCGUCGUGAAAUUCGAGAAGCGGGUUGCGAAAGCGUCUCUUGACCUGGAGAUCAUAUUACAGGACCCGGUUGCAACAUACAACCCCGUCGACUUUUCGGAACUCGCUGAACAGCUCCCUCAGAUCGACUUCCCAUCCUACUUUAGCACAUUCACACCUCGUAACUUCCCUACUCGCGUCAUCCUCACAUCGACCACAUACGCGAAGUCUCUAUCCGAGAUCCUCUCUUCCACAGAUGCUGACACCGUCGAAGCCUACCUCGUGACGCGCGCUUCACUUGAUCUCGCUCCGUUCUUGGGGUACGACACAGAAGUGUGGAAGGCGAAUCGUGCGCUGAGGGAGGUGCUUCAGGGAAUUAAGAAAGGUUCACUUCCAGAUCGGAGCGAGUGGUGUGUUCAGAGGGUCGAGGAUGCUUUAGGCUUUUCCGCUGGCCGGUUCUUCGUUGAGCAGGCAUUUGGAGGUGAUAGUAAAGCGAAAGGGACGAAAGUUAUCACUGAUAUUAUCAGCACCUUUAAGGAGUCCCUCAAAAACCUGAAAUGGAUGGACAAAGAGUCCGCCAAGGCUGCAUCUCAGAAAGCCGAUGCUAUUGAUGUCAAAGUUGGCUACCCGCUCUCACCCAAUACCGAGUCCUCUCGCUCGAUCGCACUGUAUUAUCGCCUCGUAAUUGUCGAUAAGGCGGAAUUCUUUGAGAGCAUGGUCAGCGCGCAGAUCAGCGAAACAUUCAAGAAGUGGCAGUUGCUUGGGAAGCAACGCGACAAGCAGAUGUGGCUUAUGCCACCAAGCAUGGUGAACGCAUACUUUAACCCGCCUGCAAACGAGAUUGUGUUCCCAGCAGGCAUUUUGCAACCGCCGUUCUUCGCGUACAAGUGGCCGGCAUAUAUACAAUACGGUGCAUUUGGGUCAAUAGCGGCACACGAACUCACUCAUGCAUUCGACUCUGCUGGUCGACUAUACAACCAAAAAGGAAAACUCGAGCAGUGGUGGACAAACGCGACGAGUGAAGGCUUCAAUAAGAUUCAAAAGUGUAUCUCAGAGCAGUAUUCUAACUACACGAUUGAUGAUGGCAAAGGUGGAAAGAUUCAUGUCAACGGGAACCUGACAUCCGGAGAGAACAUCGGCGACUCAGGACUUAUCCAAUCCUACCGCGCCUGGCACGGCCAAUUCCACACAUCCCUCGAAGAAGGCCGCGAACCUCUCUUACCAGGUCUGAACUACACGCAAGAACAACUCUUCUUCAUUGGUUUCGGACAAAUUUGGGCGCAGUUAAUCAAGCCUGCUGCAGCUGUGCAACGUGUACGAACGGACCCACAUUCGCCGGAUAAGUACCGUGUAGAGGGGACGUUGGCCAACAUUCCUGAGUUCGCUGCUGCGUUCCAGUGUAAGGAGGGGACGAAGUUGAAUCCACCAAAGGAGCAGCGAUGCGUAUUUUGGUAGAACGUUGGAUCAUAUUGGCUUGCAUAUAUAUGACGGACGGAUCUGGGGAAUACGAGACUGAAUGUUAAAAUCGUCUACGUCUGUGAUCUGUAUUGCCUUGCAUAGUUAUUUAAACUCGUUUUUG